AUGGGUAACUUUUCACCACAGCAUAUCGAUAUCAUCGUGGACACUGCUCCUCAAGGAGUCCUCGGCACAUUCGUCCCCGGCCAAACCAUCUCAGGAAAGGUAGUCUAUACUCCUCAGGCCCAAGUCGACAUAGACAGUAUUAUCAUCAUCUGCAAAGGCACCUGCUUCACAAAAAUCAGAGAGCGACAUUCCAAUGGCAACGGUGGGCAACACACCAAGAGCUAUCCUGAGAAGAUUACUCUUUUCCGUGAUAUGGAUACAAUCUUUCGAGGCCCUCAUACUAUCCAGUCAGGCAGAUACGAAUGGCCUUUCCGUUUCCAACUGCCACUUGGAGCAAUCUUUCAUCGAAAGAGUUCCUCAAAGGACAACCUGUUCCAGCUAGGCGAGCAAGGACUACCUCCAUCUUUCAAACUUGUUAGCGAAAAGAUCUCCACUCCUCCAGAAGCAGAAGUCUCGUAUAAGCUCAAGGUGAAAAUCAACCCUGGCAGGAUGAUGCAUUCAACCGAAUGUGUACGUGAGCUCCCGAUCUGGCCUGCUUCUUCAACACCCCUCAAAGCGCCAUUACCACUGGAUGGCCCCUGUCAAGGCGAUGGACGUUUCAAGAGCAAAGCACUACGUCCAACCCAGCAUUCAUUCAGGGAAAAGAUGAGCCAUGUGUUUACCAGCGAUCCCUCCUUGAAGACGCCAGAGAUCAACAUUGCGGUCUCCUUCAAGAUGCCUCGAAGUGUGGGUGCAACACAAUUGUUGCCACUCGACGUUUCUUGCAAAUACACCAAGACAGGAGCGAACGACCCCGAUACUCCAAGCUUUGUCGUCGACGACUGUCACAUAUAUGUCAAAGCAUAUGUGGAAGCCAGAGCCAUGGGUAGCCUAAGGGAUCAUCUCAAGGAUGGAAAGCAGACCAUAAUCAGCCACAAUAUACCGGGCAAAAACUCGCUACUGCCACUGGAUGGUACCUUUGUCCCGCUUACGGCACCUCUUACUCUAGCAGACAUGACAAGACACGUCCAUAACCUUGUUCCGAGUUUCAAGACGUUCACCAUUUUCUUGUACUACAAGAUGGUCGUCAAGGUGAACGUUCGCCAUAUCGAAACCGGACAUCGAUUCCAGUUUGAAAGCAAGUACCCAUUCGAGAUCUUGUCUUCAGAGCUUCCAACGCCUGCAUACACCGAACCCGGACCGUCAGCCCUCUAUCCUCCACAGCUCGCAGCUAGUGAUCAAGCGUCAUCAAGCCUCACAGCUCCUCCAGAAUUUCGGGAUGAAUUAGCGCCACCAUCAUACAAUUCUGGAGAUGUAUGGAGAAGUGAACCGGACGCAAAGAGAGUGUAUUGA